AUGCGCAUUCACCCCCUCUUCUCCAUAAUCCCCAUGGCCCCUUCCUCCUCCGUCAGAAAACCCCCCGCUCCCAAAACCCCUGCCCCCUCCGCCGCCAUCGCCGCCCACCACCACUCGAAUUCCGCAAACUGCCCCUCCCUUUGCCGGCAUUCCCCCUCCGCCACCCUCGACCUCCUCAUCUUCGUCCUCGUCCUCUUCUCCGGCGCAUUCCUCAUAAUCUCCUACUUCUCCUACGUCUUCCAGUCCCUCUCCCUUCUCCUCCCCUCUCUCUCCGCCGUCGCCGCCCACCUCCACCGCAACCUCGCCUCCAGCCCCCGGUUCCAGCUGAUAUUCUUUGCCUUCUUCGCCGUCUCCUUCGUGGCCUUCGCCAUCUCCUUCGAGAUCUGCUGGGGGCACAGAUCCCGUAGGUGCGGUAGGAAGGGCUGCCGGGGGUUGAGGAGCGCGAUGGAGUUCGAUCUGCAGCUGCAGGGGGAGGACCUGCUGCGGGCCGCCGACGGAAACAAGGCCGUGAGAGAUGUCGACGACCUGCCGUGGAAGGGAGGCGCCAAGGACAACCCGGACUACGAGUGUCUGCGUGCCGAGCUUAGGAAGAUGGCCCCGCCUAAUGGGCGUGCGGUGCUGCUCUUCAGGGACAGGUGUGGGUGCCCUGUUUCCAAGCUCGAGGGAUGGUGGCCCAAGCGAGGCCGGCGCCACAAGAAGAGCUUGGCCCUGACUGGUGGAGGUGAUAAUCCCUGA